UUUUUCCAAUAUAUUUUAUGACAGUGCGUGUCGUUGCCAGUAUGACAUUGUCGUCAAAUAGCUCGAAAUUAUAUUUAUUAUUCAUAGGGACGUAACAUAAGUGUUAUUAAUAAUCGCGAGAGUGACAAUUGCGAAUCAUGAAAAAUCCAAGCGGGGCUAAUGAACUGAACGGCCACGAGGAGGAGAAGGAGGAGGAUGUCGAAUCGAGCACGUUGAUCGACGACUAUCGGAAAAUCGAAUUGGUUCAGAAAAAUGAAAAGUCCCCCGACGACGAUGGCGAGCUCGUGGGAACCAAGAUAUACCGUCGACGCUGGGCCAUACUCUUUCUGUUUACUCUGUUUACCGCGGGUAACAAGGCCCAGUGGGUUCAGUACACCGUCGUACUCAACGUAGUGAGCAAAUUUUUCCAAGUCUCGAGCCUGGCGAUCAAGUCGACGACGAUGGUGUACAGUCUGACCGCGCCCUUCCUCGUCUAUCCGAUCUCGUACGUGGAGCAUCGCUGGGGCUUGCGCAGCGUCAUGAUACUGGCCUCGAGCGUCCAAGCCCUCGGCGCCUGGAUCAAAUGCUGA